AUGGCAGAUGGAGAGUUGGGGGUGGUGGUGGGUCAGAURGACAAGCUGACGUCAGACUUUGACUUUGACCUGGAGCCGGAUGACUGGACGGUGGCCACAGCGAGCAGCACGUCCAGCAGUGAGAGGGGCCUGGGCGAGGCCUUCAGGCUGGACUUCCUCAAUCCUGACGUGCUCUCAGACAGCUGGGAGUUCUGCAGCUAUCUGGAGGCUUCCGUCGCUGCAGCAAACGCCGCCCACAAAGCAGCGCCAACAGAGCAGCCCACGGAUGCAGGGCUGGAGCCGGGGGCGGGGCGUGGGUGCAUCCCUACCCAGACCCAGACCCCAACCCCACCCCCCACAACCGCAUCAGCCUACUCCCAAAUGAAUGGGGGGCUGCCCAUUCCUAACGGACCUCUCAUAGUCACCCCAGACUCGUCCAGCGCCAGCGAAGAGGCCUCCAGCUCCACACACAGCCACAAGACCUCUCGCACGUCCGGCACCAGAGAGAGAGUCCGCUUCAGUGACAAGAUCCUAUACCACGCGCUGUGCUGUGAUGAUGACGAGGAGGAUGAAGAGGAGGGAGAUGAGGAGAAGGGCGGCUGUGCGACCCCAGACACUGACGACAGUGAGCCCAGUCCUAGUCAAGCCGGCUCGCCCACACCACCGCUCUCCUCCUCAGAGCACUCCGUCCUCCAUAACUGUCUGGACCCUUCUUAUGUCUCGUUCCCAGUGAACGUGGCAGCGGGGACUCACACGCUGCUCAGAAAGGGUCUUCUCAAUCCCGCAAGCUGCCGGAAAAAACUGCUACGGAACAGCAGCACACAGACUGUUUCAGAUAAAAGCACCCAAACAGUACUGCCCUAUAUUCCAGCCAAACAGAAAACAAAGGACCACUGAGAAACAGUACUGCCCUAUAUUCCAGCCAAACAGAAAACAAAGGACCACUGAGAAACAGUAACUUUACAACCGAACUAAUGAAAAAGGACUGUGUACUAUUUAAUAUUAAAUACAUAGAUCAUAGAUUAAUACACAAAUAAAUACAUAUUAAUUACUAAAUAAAUACAUGAUAUGGGAAAUUACUCGACUACCUAAAGUCAUUCUGAGGCUCAGGGAAAUAAAGGAUAAAGGCAGUUCCUUAUGGCAGUAACAGAGAGAAAAGGGAUAUUGACGGACCAAAAGGCUAGUGCCUGCUAAUGUUAAGAAAUGGACCGAAUGGAUUCCCUAUUUAUAACCAUUUGCAACACUUAUUGAGAUUACUAAAGCAAUCUUUUUUCUAGGAAGUUGAAAUUGUUCUGAAAUCGGAAAGUAAAUGUGAAGAGGUAGUUUCCCUCCUCGUACACCAGUAUAAAUCACGAGAAAAUAUAAUGCUUGUUCUUUAAGAUGUGGUUAAAAAACACUGCACAUUCUGUACACUGAGAAUCUGUAUAAACAUUGUCUUUUU